AUGGACGACGAUCAGACAGUAGAAGAGAGCGCGUUUAUAGUGGACGAAGUGAGCAGCAUCGUGAAAGAGUCUCUAGAAGCGGUGAUCGGCAGAAACAUGUAUGAACACAAUCGUGUGAGCCAGUGGACGUCCAGUGUGGCGGAGCAGUGUCUCGGGCAGCUCAGCAAACUAGGCAAACCCUUCAAAUACAUCGUCACGUGCAUCAUCAUGCAGAAGAACGGCGCUGGCCUUCAGUCGGCCUCCUCCUGCUUCUGGGACAACACCACAGACGGGAGCUGCACAGUCAGAUGGGAGAAUAAACACCUCUACUGCAUCGUCAGUGUUUUCGGACUCGCCAUCUAG